AUGAGCUCGCUACUGAGCCCGUUUCAUAUCGGCCCGAAGCAUGCACAGUUCUACGUGCAGGUUACGCUGCAUGAGGUGACGAACGUGCCGCUUCUCUCGGGCGAGUUCGCCGUGUCGUGGAAGGUGCACCAUGCCGUCUCGCCCUCGAACCGCAAGCAAAAUGCCGCGCUGGGCCAGCUGAAUCUCGAGGCGGACGGGGAGGGCAAGCACAGACUGCGCAUAUCGACGUCGCGCGACGAUAUGGGGCUGCGGCGCAGCAACUCGCACCGCGCGGCACAGAGUCCGGCGUCGGACAUGUCGAGCGCGAUGCGCAGCACCGAUUCGCUGCACCCUGCGAGUCCCGAGCGCAUGAGCACCUCACGCUCGAACAACUCGCUGGUGCCCGAGGACGGCGUGCCUGGCACGAGCCCGCCGUCGACGUUUAUCUGGACGCGCAACCGCUCGGCCUCGGACGCGAGCCGCUCGGUCGAGAGCCUGGUCGACGACCAGGCCAAGUCACCGGGCGAGCCCGCACGCAACCGCGUGCGCCAGCUGCGUGAGAACGAGGGGCGGCGAACGCGGCACCGCUCGGGCUCGUUUACCGGGCGCCAUGCCCCGUUUGCGCUGCAGUCCGUGCACAUUGAGCCUAAAGGGCACACGCCGUUUGAGCGUGUGCAGCAGCAUUCGGUCAAGUUUGAGCGCAAGUUUGACGCGGUAGUCCGUGUGCCGAUCGCCAAGUCGGACGAGCAGGAUAAUAAGGAGGCGUUCGGCGCGCUGGGCGAGUCGCGCCUGCGCAUCAAUGUGCAGCAGCUGCUGCGCACCAAUACCAGCGGCACGCAGCAGCAAGAGUCGCUCUCUGAGCUCGGCUUUGUCAACGUGAACCUCGCCGAGUAUGCGCCCAAAGCGGGCCAGGGCACGCCGAGCUCCACGCCCUCGAGCCACUCGUCGCCAGCGAGCGCGUCGCGCACCGAGAUGCGGCAGUACCUGCUGUCCAAGUGCAGCUCGAACGCGAUGCUGCGCCUCUCGGUCGAGAUGCGUUUCCUAGACGGCACGCCGCUGUACCGCGUCCCGCCGAUCCGCGGCGGCAUCGAGGACCUGGCGAGUUUCAUGAUGCCGAACGACCUCUCGACCGAUCUGCCGCACAUGCCCACGUCGCCGACCAAGGCCGAGCCGGAGGCCGAUCAGCGCCCGGUGUACGCGGCGAAUGCCGAGCGCCCCGGCCUCGAGUGGCACUACAAACUGCCCAUGUCGUUGCUCUUUCGCGCGACGGCCGUCAGCCCUGAGCACCUGCGCGAGUCCAAAGCGCCACCGCCGACAUGCGACACGCGCCCUGGUGGCCACCUGAUGACCUGCAAUGCGUCUGCCCCGCGCAUGAUGUACUGCGACGCGAAUACAGAAGAGCUUAUCGACGACCUAUUCAAAGGGCACUUUGGACCGAUGGCCGACGGGCGCCAAGAAGAGCCGACCUCGCCGUCGACCAUGAGCGACGACUCGCAGCGCCGCUCGCGCGCGGCGCGGUUACGGUGGGACAAGAUUAUCAGGAGCGUCGGCCAGAUUGCGCAGCAGGCCGACCCGACGCGUCCCCUCCGCCAGAGCAGUGGCGACUCGAACCAUUCGCACGGCUCGUCGGGCCACGACACACGGCACCACACUCCGCAGCUCCGUGACAUUGUGGACUACCUGCGCCACGGAGUCACGCAUUCGAACGAAGGGCAUACGGAACACGCAUAG